AUGAGUUCUUUCAAAAAACGAGUUCAAACCAAUCAAACGAAAAUUCCACAAGGAACACGUUUAUCACCAUAUAAUGGACAAUUAUUAAUUUCUACUGGAUUAUACCUUGACUUUUAUAAAAUUAUUUUCAAACAUAUUCUUGGUGGAGGUAUACCAAUCGGAAGUGUAUUAUUAAUAAAAGAGGAUCGACAUACGGAGUAUGCUCGAUUACUUUUAAAAUACUUUUUAGUACAAGGAAUAGUAUCUGGACAUCAUGUUUUGUUAAGUACGGCAGAAGAGAGAGAACCAAAAAAUUUUAUAAUGGGAUUGCCUUGGUUAUCAAAUGACACUGAUGAUAGUGUCGUUGAUGAUGAUGACAAGACCACCGAAUUAGAAGAGAAAAUGACAAUUGCAUGGCGUUAUAAAGGAUUAAAAAAAUUUGAAUCAAGCGUAAAAAAUAGAAUACGCAACGUCAUUGAAGAAAAUCAUUUGAAUUCUUUGUUAGUACCACCUUCAAAUGUUGAAAGAAAUAAUGCGAUUAGGAUUGGAAUACAUUCAAUCGCCUCACCAUCAUGGCAAUCAAGGUCAUCACAUGAUAUUUUUGCAUUCUUGCACGCUUUACGUGGUUUAUUAAGAUUUUCAUUCGGUGCAGCUGUUAUUACAAUUCCGGCUUAUCUAUAUACAUCAUCCUUUUCAGAACCGUGUUCGUUCAUUAGAAGAAUUGAACACAUGUGUGAUGCGGUUGUCGAAGUUGAAUCAUUUGCAGGAUCCCCUGCAACUACUAAUGCAAUUUAUAGUGCCACAUAUCAUGGAUUAUUUCACGUUCAUAAAUUACCAACUCUUAAUUCGCUCAUACCAUCAUCUACAAAAUUAUCAGUAUUAUCAGGUGGUAGUGGAAAUAAUCUAGGAUUUAAAUUACGUCGUAAAAAAUUUACUAUUGAAACUUUUCAUCUACCGCCUGAAGGUGGUAUUAAUGAACGACGUGUUGGUCCUGAAACGAAUAAGUCUGUGAAGAAGGAGGAGGAUGAUAAAAGUAAACCGGGUAUUGGUAGUGGAUGUGGUACUAUACCAGGAAGAAAAGUUGAUCCAUAUGAUUUCUAA